UUUGCGGGGUUAGCGCUUCUCUCUGGCUUCCCUCAGCGGUACGGAGGCGAGGGGAGUGCAGAGCCCCGACUCAGGACGGAGAGACAGGCAGACUGACAACCGCGUCCAGGCUCGCUUGCAGAGUCCCUGCACCCCCCCCACCCCCACCCGCCUAGCCUCCGGGACCAUGUCCAAACCUUCAGACCACAUCAAGCGACCCAUGAACGCCUUCAUGGUAUGGUCCCGAGGCCAGAGGCGCAAGAUGGCCCAGGAAAACCCCAAGAUGCACAACUCAGAGAUCAGCAAACGCCUAGGCGCCGAAUGGAAGCUUCUGUCUGAGGCAGAGAAGCGGCCGUACAUCGACGAGGCCAAGAGGCUACGCGCCCAGCACAUGAAGGAGCACCCUGACUACAAGUGGCCGCGGCGCAAGCCCAAGAACCUGCUCAAGAAGGACAGGUAUGUCUUCCCCCUGCCCUACCUGGGCGACACGGACCCGCUCAAGGCGGCCGGCCUGCGUGGGGCCUCCGACGGCCUCCUGAGCGCGCCCGAGAAAGCCCGGGCCUUCUUGCCGCCCGCCUCUGCGCCCUUCCUGCUGGACCCCGCGCAGUUUAGCUCAAGCGCCAUCCAGAAGAUGGGUGAAGUGCCCCACACCUUGGCCACCGGCGCGCUGCCCUACGCGUCCACCCUGGGCUACCAGAACGGAGCCUUCGGCAGCCUCAGCUGCCCCAGCCAGCACACGCACACGCACCCGUCCCCCACCAACCCGGGCUACGUGGUGCCCUGUAACUGUACCGCCUGGUCUGCCUCCACCCUGCAGCCCCCCGUCGCCUACAUCCUCUUCCCCGGCAUGACCAAGACUGGCAGACCUUAUUCGUCAGCCCACGCCACAGCCAUGUAA